AUGUCUACACCAAGAACCACGAAAGCCUGGACGGUUGAGGGUAAGGGCAGCUUCGACUGUCUCAAGUUUGACAAGGAGCGCGUUCUCCCUGAGCUCUCCGACCACGAGGUCUUGGUCAAAUUCCAUGCGGCGUCUCUUAACUACCGCGACAUCAUGAUUUCCUUGGGCACCUAUCCAUUCCCGACGACGCCAAGUGUCAUCCCAGGCUCCGACGGAGCUGGAGAAGUUGUGGCAGUUGGUUCUAAAGUUACCCGCUUUGAGAAAAGUUCCAAGGUUGUGACAUUGUUCAACCAAGCACACUACGGUGGGCCGUUGACCUUCAAGGUCUUGGGGACAGGGUUAGGUGGUGUCAUGGAUGGCGCUCUGCGACAGUACGGCAUUUUCAACGAGAAUGGACUGGUCGACAUGCCAAAGAACCUCGGCUAUCUGGAGGCCGGGACACUAUCUUGCAGCGCCCUGACGGCGUGGAAUGCUCUCUACGGGCUCAAACCAGUCCUUCCCGGCGACUGGGUAUUGACGCAGGGUACGGGCGGUGUGAGUAUCUCUGGCGUGCAGUUUGCGAAGGCUGCAGGGGCUCGAGUCAUUGCCACGACAUCUUCUGCAGCCAAGGCUGAGAUAUUGAAGAAGCUCGGAGCAGAUCAUGUCAUCAAUUACAAGGAGACCCCGAACUGGGGCGAUGAGGCCAGGAGGCUGACGGGCGGUGCUGGUGUUGACCAUAUCAUGGAGGUUGGAGGCGCGACAACUGUGACGGAGAGUCUGAAAGCCGUCGCUAUCGGUGGUGUUGUCACCAUCAUUGGCUGGAUCGGCGGACCGGGAGAGACCGCACCGACUUUCCCCGAGGCCUUAUUGUCUGUUGUCAGGGGAAUUGUUGUCGGAAGCCGAGAACAAUUCGAAUCAAUGAUCCGGACCAUCGAGGCCUUCAACAUCAAGCCCGUUCUUGAUCAACAAGUUUUCAAGCUCGAGGACCUCAAAGAGGCCUACCAGUACAUGUUGGAUCAGAAGCAUUUUGGCAAAGUUGCAAUCAAGAUUGAGUAG